UGCAGCUGUCUGAAAGCAACAAUAACAAGCUCUUCCAAACAACUUCAACGCGGAAUAAACGGUACCUGACAGCGCCAAUUACCACCGAAUUUCACAAAAUGCGGCUGUCGGAAUAACUCUGACCUCAGUUAGUUCGUCGUCAGAGUUGAAAACCGGGUUAUCGUCGCGGCCGCCGCCGCGAAACACACACGGACACUCGGCCGCAGGAGGAACAGGGCAGUUCGGUGCUGCAUCUGGGUCAGUGGGCCUGUCGGCGGCUGUAACGGUGCUGUUGUUAUCCCCACAGUGUGACGUUGCCGCUGUCAUUAUUUUGUAUAUACGCUGUGUCACCUGCAUAAACCGUGGCAACAUGCAGGCUAACGGGGCAGGACAGGACCGGGAUUCAGAACUGUCCUGCCAGAACGGUGCGCGAAACGGUGAGCCGUCCUCCACCGGGGUAGCUCACUCCAACGGACUUCUGUCAGUCACCAACAAUGGAAACACUGUCAGCAACAACAACGGACUGUCUUCCGAGCCUGCGUCCAACAACGCCAACAGCUCCUCGGAUGCCAACUCGAGCGUCAAAAAGAAGAAGCGGCUGUCUCAGUCUGAGGAGGAUGUCAUCAGGCUGAUCGGACAACAUUUACACGAUUUAGGUCUCAAUCAGACAGUGGACCUUCUCAUGCAGGAGUCUGGCUGCAGACUGGAGCACCCCUCUGCCACCAAAUUCCGAAAUCAUGUCAUGGAAGGAGAGUGGGACAAGGCUGAGAGUGAUCUGAAUGAGUUGAAGGCAUUGAUGCAUUCUCCAAGUGCUAUAGUGCGGAUGAAAUUCCUGCUGCUGCAGCAGAAGUAUCUGGAGUAUCUGGAGGAUGGGAAGGUCUUGGAGGCCCUGCAGGUUCUCAGAGCCGAGCUCACUCCUCUCAAGUACAACAUAGAGCGUAUCCACAUCCUGAGCGGGUACCUGAUGUGCAGUCAUGCAGAGGACCUGCGAACCAAAGCUGAGUGGGAAGGCAAAGGCAUGGCAUCCAGAACAAAGCUUCUGGAUAAGCUCCAAACAUACCUGCCUCCAUCAGUGAUGCUGCCUCCUCGCCGCUUGCAGACUCUGCUGAAGCAGGCGGUGGAGCUGCAGAGGGAGCGCUGUCUCUACCACAACACCAAGCUGGACAGUGGACUGGACUCUGUGUCCCUGCUGCUGGACCAUGCCUGCAGCCGGAAACAGUUCCCUUGCUACACUCAGCAGAUUCUCACUGAACACUGCAAUGAAGUCUGGUUCUGCAAGUUCUCCAACGACGGCACAAAACUAGCAACCGGGUCCAAAGACACCACAGUCAUUGUGUGGCAUGUUGACAUGGAAACCCAGCAGUUGAAGUUGAUGAAGACUCUGGAGGGUCAUGCUUAUGGUGUUUCAUACCUUGCAUGGAGCCCUGAUGAUGCCUAUCUGAUAGCCUGCGGUCCUGAUGACUGCUCUGAGCUGUGGUUGUGGAAUGUACAGACGGGGGAGUUACGUACAAAGAUGAGUCAGUCUCAUGAGGAUAGUCUGACCAGCGUUGCCUGGAAUCCAGAUGGCAAACGCUUUGUCACUGGCGGCCAGAGAGGCCAGUUCUACCAGUGUGACUUGGAUGGAAACCUGCUGGACUCAUGGGAAGGAGUUAGGGUGCAGUGCCUGUGGUGUCUGGGUGACGGCCGGACCGUCCUUGCAUCAGACACCCACCAGCGUAUCCGUGGAUACAACUUUGAGGACCUGACUGACAGAAACAUAGUGCAGGAGGACCACCCCAUCAUGUCUUUUACUGUUUCCAAAAAUGGAAGGUUAGCUCUGCUCAAUGUUGCUACUCAGGGAGUGCACCUAUGGGACCUGCAGGAUCGGGUGCUGGUGAGGAAAUACCAAGGGGUAACCCAGGGCUUCUACACCAUCCACUCCUGCUUCGGAGGGCACAAUGAAGACUUCAUCGCUAGUGGCAGUGAAGAUCACAAAGUUUACAUCUGGCACCGGCGCAGCGAGCUGCCCAUCGCAGAGUUGACGGGUCACACCCGCACAGUCAACUGUGUGAGCUGGAACCCUGUCUUGCCCGGACUGCUGGCCAGCGCCUCUGAUGAUGGGACUGUCCGAAUAUGGGGACCUGCCCCCUUUCUGGAUGUCCAGGAUGCAGAAGGGCUCAAUGAAUGUUGCAGCAUGGACAGCUGAUGAUCUGCUGCUGCUGUGAACCUGAGGAGCAUUAAGACUCUGUAGAAACUUGAAUGGAUGAAGCAGGAAUAGCUUUGGUGAUGGAGCUGUUUCCUGAAGGCAGGGCCAGUGGUGCUGUGUGUCCGGAUCUCACAACAUAGAGAUGUCAGACUCAGUCACAUUAUUGAGAGCAGAACCGGCUGGGUGAGUUGAGCUCCACGACCUCCAGUGUCUGACCCACCUCCUCCUCCUGCCUGGACCCGUUCCCUCAGCACCAUCCAGGACCACCCACUUCCUCUUAUUUAUUAUCAAAUGCGUUAUUUAUUCAUGGGUUGUUCACUGACUUGUACUAGGCUGUGAUGUAGCUGCAUUUGUGGAGGGUGUUUGUUCUUAGUUUUCUUUAGUCGAGUGUGUGCUCACACGAAGAAGCUUGAAUUUUUUCCUCUUUCACCUCUGUGAAGAAGUUUUACCCACAGGAACAUUUGAUGGAUGUAACACCCAUUCUAACAUUAACUUUUAAAUGCAAAAUUCUGUUAUGUUGUCUUUUUUACACAGAAUGCAGUUUUUCCCUCAGCUUUCUUGCUUAUAGCUAGAGAAACAAUAGUAUUGGAUGAGCAUGUCGCAUAGGAUUGCACAGGACAAUUUACGUGAUGGCUGACUCACAGUAUGUCCCGCUAUAUCUGCUAAAGGACAUUGAGCGGUUUGCUGCCUUCUAGAGGAUGCAGCAGCUGAUGUGUGGAAAGUUGUCGAGUUCAAAGGAUUAUCUGUCAACCCUAACCUCUGCAUAUGGAUUAUCCCAGUGUAGCUUUCCUCUUGCCAUCGGUCCUAAUCUCAUCUUUAUUUUGCUGAUACAUCUUUGCUCUUUGGUAUUACUAUUUACUUUAUUUGUUUUCAUUGCGGCCUGUUGCCAUUUGUCACUGCAUACAAACAGCAGUUGUCAUAUGAAUUUCUCUUGGAUUGGUUUAGUUGUGACAUGUUCUAAGUUUCAGUGAUCACUGUGUUUGUUUUUUUAUUUACUAUAAGUGAAACUGUAACAUUUAAAGAGUGAAUCCCAGCUCAACUGUGAACUGUCUUAAAAGAUCACACUGGUGUUAUUCUCUACGUUCGGUAUUAUCAGCAAACCCCAUGAAAAGACCAGAACUGACAAUGUGUUCGUCUGUUUCUCUUUUUACUUUAUGACUUCCCUACCCUGUCUGUGACACUCAGCUCCAAUCCCAUUGGUUCCCUCUGAGGACAUAAAAAAACCCCCACAAAUAUAUAGUUUCUUAAAGAAGCGUUCAGUAAUUCUAAAACAGCUGUUCUCUGUAGUUUUUAACAAACAUUACAUUAUUGUCUUCAGCAGUGGGUUUAUCCACAUUUUGUGCUCUGGUGAGUAUUUGGGGCAGCAGGAUGGUGCAUCUGGGACUGAGUCAAAAUAAACUGCAGUGUGUGUGUUCAUGGUAAUAAAGGAAUAUGUCACCCAGUGCAACAGUGUUGCUCAUCAUGUGCUUUUCACAUGUGGCAACCUCUGAGGCUUAAAAAUUAAGCCAAUGCUGAAGUGCCAAAAACUGCAGUUCUUUCAAUCGCCACUUGAGACUGGUUCCAAAAGCGAGUCCAUCCCCAUAGACCCGCAUAUUACAAUGCAUGCGAUGUGUUCACAGCCCGGUACAAAAACAAUUUUGGUCCCUAUAGCUAUAGAGGGGGUGGGGGUCACACUUUGAGUGACAGCUAGGUACUAGGUUUCAGCAAAAAGACUUUGUUCAGCCUGCCUCAGCUUCACCCACACUCCACCUCUUUGCCCAUUUUUGCACUAGCCGUUGCACAAGUGGGUCUUAAGAAAACCAAUGGGUAACGUCACAGACACUACAUCCAUGUUUUAUACUGUCUAUGGCUUUUAAUAGUUUUUGGCCAACAGCAGAGCUUCAUGGCACAGAGGAAUAGGAUAUCAGGCUUUGAUAACACACACAAUACUUGUUAGUAGGACACAUCCAUUUUUUGGUCAGUACAUGAGAUUUGUUCAUCAUUAAAAAAAAGAUAGGAAAUUCCCAGCCUUAUCACACAGUACACUUGCUAGCUAAAUGAAGAAGUGUAUCUGGAGUGGAUAACACAUUUGUACACAAGUGUAACAUAGGUUAUUAUGAACUUCUGAAAAGUAUUUCCUUUCAGAAAGUCAAAACAACUAUCUUGCCUGAUGUGAUGUUCUAUGUAACGUGCUGUAUAUUUGUAUGUUAUGGCAUGUAUAUGAGGCUGUGUCCAAAUGGCAGACAGGAUGACGUGUUUUAGGGUUUCCCAUACCUUUUUUUUAUUUUUUGUCAAUUUAAAAAAAAGCUUUCAGCUACUCUUCAACAACUUAAUGCUAUUUUUACUUGACAGCACUACUGUUAUUAUAUGAAGCAGCAAGUUUACAUUCACAACUGCUAACACAAAAUUGUUUUGGAGAUUCAAAAACUACAAAGAUACAUUUCAGCCAGCUGCUUUUUGGACACUUUUUCAAAGUGCUUCUAUAGAUUUUAUUUACAAGUUUUUUUUUAAAUAACUAUUAUUAGAAAUAUUCUUUUUUUUCUAAAAACCUUUCAAGUCCUGGACAGUAACUGCAGGAAUGUCAGGACAAUGGGAACCCUGUUAAUCUGCCCGGACACCAUUGCAGCCAUCACCAGCUUCAACUCUGCCAUCACAGAACACACACUAUGAUACAUAACAAUAUAUGUUAUGUUACAUGCACACACACACACACACACACACACACACACUUGAUUCAUGCACAGAUGUGGUGUUUUAGUUUCUGCUUCUGUGAUUUUUACUUAAGUUUAUUCUGAGUGUUUCAGGCUUCUUUUCUCUUUUCGCUGUAUGAAGCCAAAGUAGGAACUUUUGUUUGCUUGCAGGUAGUUUCUGCCAGAAACCAUUUUACAUUUUAAAUGUAUUAUUACAAAAAGUGAUGUACUGUUCUGUAUUGUUGUGUAGGAGAAGUGUUAUGUAUGCCUAUUUUAAAUAAAGUAUUCAGGGUU